AUGAAGAAAUUCCUUAAAAAAAAAUUUACGAAGUGCAUCUUUAAAAUAAAAAAUGGAAGAAGAAGAAUAAGAAUAAGAAAAUAUUUAAAAAAAAAUGUUAGAAGUACUUCUUUAACAUAAAAAUAAAAAAAUAAAAAUUCAUAGCAAGAAAAAGAAAAAAAUGAAGAUUUAAAUAAAUAAAAAAAAGUAAUUAAUAACACUAAAAAAACUAAAUAAAAAACAGUAGAAAUUUAAGAAAAAAAAACAAAAAGAAAAAGAACUAAAGUAAAAAAAGAAAAAUAGGAAAAUUCAGAAGAAGAAGAAGAAUAAGAAAAAUAAGAAGAAUAAGAAUAAUAAGAAGAAUAAGAAGAAGAAUAAGAAGAAGAAAAAGAAGAAUAAGAAGAAUAAGAAGAAGAAGAGGAAGAAGAAGAAAAAGGAAAAAAAAAAAAAAAAAAAAGAUUAAGUAGAAAACAACCAAUAUAAUAUAAAAAAGGUUAAUUUAAUAAUAGAAUACCUAAAAUAAUAGAAGUAAAUGAAAUGUUUGAUUCUCAUUCAAAUAAAAUAAAUGAAGAUUGUUGUGUGAGAUAUUAUAAGAGCAAUAAAUACUGGUAAUCAUUAAUUAUUAAAAUCAUUAUUAAAUUCAAAUAAUAAAGUAAUAAAAUUUUAUAUAAUUAAAAAUAUAAAUAUAAAUAUUAGAUUUCUACAUUAUUCCCAAUGCAAGGUCCUGAUGCCUCUCAUACAUCCCUUGAAUUAAUUUUUAAAGAAAAAGAUAAAAAAUCUUUAUAGAUAUUUAUUGAAGCUUUACAAAAUUAAUAAAAUAUAAUUUUUUCAACUAAUCCUGCAUGUACUUUAGAUGAAAUAUAAACUGGUUAUAACGACCGUUUUGCUUAUGGAGUUGUGACUAGAAAAGUACACUGUUCUAGAGGUGGUAAAGAGGGCAAUAAUGCUUUUGUGGCAGAUAUAUAGAAUUAGAUUCAUAAUUGGUCUUAAGACAAUAAAAUUAUUAAUUCUCUUUUAUAAAAUGAACAGGAAAUCGAACUUUUAAAUUUUUUAAGAAUUUUAAAAGAUGAUUAAAUUACACGAAAACUCUUUUCCAGUAUCCAUAUUGCUGUUCGCGCUGGAAAUAGAAAAUUAGCUGCCUUUUUAAUCGAAUAGGCUAAUAAAUUCGGCGGAUAUGGAUUUAAUAAAGUACAUGAAUAAGUACUUAAAUUUGAUGAUAUUUAGAAUUUAGAGGAUUUUAAGAAAGUUAGUGCAACUAAAAAAUCCAUAGGGACCUAUGGGAAAUACGGAGGGGGGUCUUAGGGUUCUAUAACACCUAUCUUUUGCGCUGCAAUUAACCCUAACGUUGAAUUUUUGAAAAAAUUACUUGAAAUAUCACCCGAAUAUUCUACUCCUGAUGACCUUAUGAGAAAACCAAUACACUACGCUUCAGCGUGUGAAGGCCCUGGACCUUUAAAAUACCUUCUCGAGAAAGGAGUCGACUCUCGUGAGGCGGAUAGAGCGAAGAUGACUACAUUAAUGAUCGCUGCGUAAUUUGGCCGACCAAAAAACCUAAAAAUACUUCUUGAGAUAGAAAACGGAUGUAAUAUACAGGCACGCACACGAGAAGGAAUGCGGGCUAUUCAUUUUGCAGCUUAUAAAGGAAGGGAGAGGCUGAAAAAAUUAAAAAAUACUCCAAUUUAAAAAAAAAACUAUUAUGGCAUGGAUCUGGUAUUUAGAAUUUCAUGUCUAUAUUGGCUUUCGGGUUAAGAAUUAAAGGAAUAAAUGCUUAAAUAAGCGGAAGUUCGUUAGGAGAUGGUAUUUAUUUUACUGAUUUAUUCAAAAAAUCGGCUAAUUAUGCUUAAAAUGAUGGAAUUCAUACGUAAUUUAAAUACUUACUUUUAUGCGAUGUGGCUAUAGGCACACCUUUUGAGAUUAAAUAGUAUGAUUAGUAUAAAGAAACAAAUAAUGUCAUAGAAAAUAUACACAAAUAAUAUAAUAGUAUAUAAUUAAUAGGAAGUUAAAGUCCAGAUGAAAAGCUUAAUUUAGUACUUAAUAAUCGAACUAUUAUUCCUAUUGGAAAUAUAGUAGAUUUAAAUAAAAUUUAUAAAUAAAUAAAUAUGCAACUAGAUAAAAAUUAAGAAAACAUAUAAGAAGAUAUAGGGGAAAAUAAAAAUGAAAAUAUAGAGGAAUAUUCAGAUGAAAAUAUGGAGGAAAAUUCAGAGAAAAAUUGGAAUGAAUCUAAUUCAAAUGAAACUACUGUAUAACCAAAAUUAUCUUUUAUAGGAUUCGGAAAUAGAAGGCCUUAGAAAGUAUAAAGAUAAUAUAGUUAAUUAGAAUAAUAAUAUACUUAGUUUACAGAAAGCGAAUAUACUGUUUAUGAUCCGGAUUAAGUAAGAAUAAGAUAUUUAGUAGUUGUAAAAAAUAAUAAUAAAGAAUACGAAGAUUAUUGA